AUGGAUUCACACAAUGAAGAUUGGCAUCAGCCAGUAUCAAUAUUUUUACCUGAAAUGAGCAGCUACGAGGACGAUGAAACAUUUUUUACCAGCAGAGAGCUACUCAACGGCGUUGCUCAGCCCUCCUCCGUUGCUGCAGCUGCCGCAGCCGUCGCCAUCUCCGGCGGCAUGACAGCGAAUAGUAUUGGCAUUAUUGGCGGCAACUCGCCCUCGCCACUAUCUGGCGGUAACGAUGCGUCGCUCAGCCCAUCUGGCGGUUCGACGGCGACUACAACGGGUGGUGGCACAGCCGCGGGUCCGCUCAGUCCAGGUGCAAUUUCGCAAACGUCCAACAAUGCAAACAACAACAACAUUCCCAACUCAGCCGGCUUAAGCAUACUGCAUAGCACCACCGCAAACGCAAUUGGCUUGAGUCUCAGCCUAAAUGCAGAUGUCAGCGGCAUAGGCGGCAGUGGAAGCGAGGGUGAUGUUGGUAUGGGUAUUGAUGCUGCCGGCGCCGCUGCUGCCACCACCGCUGUCAUGGACGGCACUACGCCCUGCUGUGAAAAUGGUCGCCCCAUCAUGACAGAUCCCGUUUCCGGACAGACAGUAUGCUCGUGCCAAUACGAUUCGGCGCGCUUGGCACUCUCUAGCUACUCACGCAUGCCCGGCGCUGGCGCGACGGCUGGCGUUGGUGUUUAUGGCACGCCCUAUCCAUCAACCGAACAAAAUCCCUAUCCCAGCAUUGGCGUGGACAGUUCGGCGUUCUAUUCACCGUUGAGUAAUCCCUAUACGCUGAAAGAAGGCAAUGCCGGCUCUGAUAUGUCUGCUUGGACAUCGGCAAGUCUGCAGCCCACCACUGGUUACUAUUCUUACGAUCCGAUUGCUGCAUAUGGUUACGGUUCAAGUUAUGAUUUGGCUGCGCGCCGCAAGAAUGCCACACGAGAAUCCACAGCCACCCUCAAAGCGUGGCUCAGUGAGCAUAAAAAGAAUCCCUACCCCACCAAAGGUGAGAAAAUAAUGUUGGCCAUCAUUACGAAAAUGACGCUGACGCAGGUCUCAACAUGGUUUGCAAAUGCACGCCGACGGCUGAAGAAGGAGAAUAAAAUGACAUGGGAGCCAAAGAACAAAACCGACGAUGAUGAUGAAGCAAUCAUGUCCGACGAUGAGAAGGAGAAAGAUGCUGAUGAGGUUGAGAAAUUGAAUGGUGGAAGUGGAGUUGUUGAUGGUGUUAAUGGAGUUUAUGGUGGUGGUGCAGCUAUGGGCGGUGAAUUGCGAAAAGAAGAUCCUAUUAUAAAAUCUGAAAUGCUUCAGAAAGAGGAUAAGGUGGACGGCUGUUCCUUGGAGGAGCCAAAAUUCGGCGAUAUGCCCACUCUCCGGAGUAUGGGUGGUGUUUACAACUCACCUUACGGGCCGCAUCCCAGCUACCAUCCUUACCAGCAGCAACAUACUUCGGCCUACUACCAGCAACAUCAACAACAACAUCACGCAGCUAGCAUGACAUAUGGUCCGCCUAGCCACAUCAAUGUUGCCGACGAUUAUAGCGCAUCAAAAAACCUGUUGCGUGCGGCGGACUGUGGUAUACCGCUCCCAGCGAGCAAGCCCAAGAUCUGGAGUUUGGCAGACACGGUCGGUUGCAAGACACCACCACCACCACCACCGCCGCCACCCACACUACCGCCGCCAAUACAAAUGAAUACAUAUCAACAGCAGCAACAACAACAGCAUCAACAGCAGCAACACCAAUCACUGCUGCAGAGUCGGCAACAGUAUUAUCAACAAAUGCCGCCGCACUUGCAACAAGUAGCUCAACUCAAUCCUCACAACAAUCACAGCAACAGCAACAACAUGCAACCAGCGCACAACAGCAACAACAAUUCGACAUCGCUGAGUAUGAUGAGCGGUUGCGUCGGCGCAUUGCCCUAUUCGCGCAUACCUACGGCGUACGCGGCGGUUGGCAGCAGCAGCAGCAGCAACAUCAACAACAACAGCAGCGGCAAUUUUCUCAAUCUCAGUUCCAACAGCAGUGGCAGCAUCAGCAAUCACAACGGCAGUAUUGGCAGUGGCAGCAGCAACAGUAGUGCCUCCAGCCCACCCUCCAUGGCGCAGGGACCACCACUUUUGACAGCGCAGCAAUAUCACCAGCUGCAACAGCAACAGCAGCAGCAACAACGACUGGGUUUCGCCGAAAUACAGCCCGAUACGCCGCCACAGACGCCACCGAAUAUGAAGUUGGCGCACAAUAGCAGCGGUGGGGGCGUUGGCAGUGUUGCACUGAAUCAGCUGGCGCGUAGCGGACUAAUGGGAACGUCUGUGAGCAGCGGGGCAAGUAUGUGUUAUAGCAGUGGCGGCGGUAAUGCGGUCGGUGACAGUCAAGCGGCAUAUGGGGGCAAUGGAACGAGCGUGGGCGUUAACUAUGCCUUGGCAGCGGCGCGCGCGGAAGGCUGAGUUGUGGUAAAUGAAGAAAUUCGAUCGAUUCGAGAACUGAAUAUUUAAUACCAAGUUUUCGCUUCAUCUAUUCAACGGGACAUGUGCAACGGCAAAGCA